AUGAAGCUGCGCAGCAACUCCUCCCUACAACAGAUGCUCGCAGAGAUGGGCAUCAUCCGCAACGGCAUGGGCCUCGAAAUACACAUGUGCUCCCUCCAACUGUUCGAGCCCUCGCUGGUGCAGCAGCAGAUGCAAUCGCAGAUCUCUGAUUUGCGGGACAAGCUCACUGAUGCGUAUACAGAGAUUGCCAACAUGAAGAAGACCAAAAGCCAGUUCGAGCAGGAGGUGCACGCCGAGAGUCAGUCCCUGUCGGAGCAGCUGCAGUUCAAGACGCUGGAGCUAGAAACCUUGAAAAAGGCAUAUGCUCACACGCACCAGCAGCUCCAGCAGCAGAUCAUCCAGUUGCAAACAGAGGUCAACGAGCUCAGAAUGAAGGGCGAUGAUGUGAACAGGCCUGCGCCGCAACCAGACCAUGGUUCCAUCAACGGUAUUCUGGUGCUUGACAUCGAUUUACCGCAAUUCUUCGCGUUCGGCUUUGUGGCCUUUGUGAGCGACAGUGGCCGCGAGGCCAGCGUAUCGUCAGCUGCCGCGGCCUUCUCCCAAAAGGCGUUCCUUCAGAGGUUUGAGACGGAAGAGACCCUCGAAGAGAAGCUCGCCGCGCUCGAGUUUGCUCAGGGAACCCGCGCAUUUGAUGAGCAGGUGGCUCUGCCAACAACGGUGGACCAGACGUUGGUACUGCUGAGCCCUUUUGCCUCCGUGGAUGAGCACCGCCGGGCUGUCCAGGACCUUUGCCUGGAGCCUCUUGGGCCCAUUGAAACCCAGGCACUGCUCUGCCAGCGCCGGGAUCGUUCGAGUCCCGGAAAGCCAUCUAAAGCCCUCUUGGAGGCCAGCGCCAAGCAGGAGGUGCAGGAUGACAAGCCGCCGCGUGGGUCCCGUCCGGAGGGCGCGAACAUUCCGACGCCGCUCGUGCAUUGUUCAGUUCCUGCCCAUCCGGCCGUCUGUGCGUUGCUGCUAGAUGCGCAGCCGGGAGAGCGGGUGUUGGAUCUAUGCGGCUCUGCAGUGAAGGCUGCAGUCCUUGCCUGCUGCAUGUUCUCCCACAGACACGGUCAGAGUUGGCUUGAAAGUGUUGGUCAUGAGUCUGGCGCUUUGAGCUCAGGGAGGAGAGAGGGCACCCUUCUGGUUUCCAAUGCUCCUGACAGGACAUAUGCCCGAAGCUUGGAGCCGUGGCUCCAGAGCUUGCUUCCUGCAGAGGUUCCCGUACUCCAUGCUGCAAGGCCGGGAGCUUCUGGUCACAUCCUCCUCAGCACGGUGGAGGCGUGGCAAAAACAGUCACUACUGCCACUGCAGAGGCUUGGACCCUUUGACCGAAUCAUCGUGGAUCCAAGCUGCACCGGAGGUUUCGGAGCAAGGAUGCCUGAUCUAAAGUAUCCUGAGCUUGCCGAGGCGCUGCUGUGCAAUGCAGCGAAGCUUCUCCGGCCUGGAGGGAUACUGCUCUACUCUACGGUGCGCGUAGAGGAACGGACCAUGGACACGGUUGUGCGUGGUUUUCUUCGGAAUGCCAAGGAGGACUUCGAGGUCUUGCCGCCUGAUCUUCAUCUUGACGUUGCAUCUGUUCAGAUGGAGUUCGGCCAGCUGUUGAAUCUAGGAGCCUCGAGCCAGCACCAGUGCCCAGAAGAUUUCUUCGUGCAAUGCCACCUGACCCGGAGGACAGAAGCCGUGGAGAUGGCAGCACAGUAUGCGAACAAUGAGAUGAAGAGGCUUCGCAACGAGCAUGAUCAGGCCAUAGCCAGUCUCGCCGAGAACAUGAACAGGUGGAACGACACUGUGCGAGACCUGUCCAAGGAGUUCCACGACUUCCAAAAGGUCAUGAACGUCAACCACCAGCGGCUGCAAAGCUCUGUUUGGGAAGUUCAGGGCAAGCUGGGCCCGGCGGCUCCCAGUGCUCCUCAAAUAGAAGCAACUCACAGCGUCUAUGCUUCUCGUCAGCACGAGCUUUUGCAAGCGUUUGCAGCGGGGGCGCCCUGUGCUGGCGCUGGCAUGAGAGCCCAGUCACCGCCGGCAGCCAGGAAAGCGAUGGUGGCUUCGAGGUGA